CGAAUAGUGUUUGCGAAAAUGUGCUGGCAAAAAAACAUUUAUAUAAAUGUAACAGUUAUAGAGAGGCGCAAAAUAAUUUACAAAUUUUGAAAAAAUAUUCUAUAACAAUGGCAUCUGAGAAAAUCACAAGACUUGCUUUUAUAUUAGCCAUAUUCGUCUUUUUGACCGCACAAGCAGAUGAUUUUCUACAAUUUCCAAAUGACAUGAAUCAGUCAUUUUUAUCUACGUGCCAGGACACUGUUACUUUACAUACAAACAUUUCCAACAUUGGCCCAAAGUUUAUUAGCAGCUCUUUAAUUACUUGCCUCAAUCUGGCAAAUAUUUACAUCAAAAACAUCGAAAACGGCGCCUUCGAGAAACUUCCUAAUUUAACUUAUCUAUAUCUUUCUGACAAUAUUUUUCGCAGCUCAAGUCAACUAUUCAAUUUUGGAGAUCACAAAAAGUUAAAAGUUCUUAUUAUAAACAACGCAACUAGCAAAUUUGAAGAUGAAUCUAUAGUUGAGAUUUUCGAUUAUCCUGAUUUAGAAAUUUUGUCUCUUCGUGAAAACGGCUUUAAGGACAUACGUCUUUCAGAUAGAAUUCCGUAUUUUAAAUCUGAUUUCAAUAUAUCAAGCGAAUCGCUCAGAAUCCAAUCAAAAAUUCCAUUCCCUAAACUAAAGAUCUUGGACCUUUCCGGCAACAAUAUAAGAGACACCAAUUUUAUGGAGUUAUUGCCGAACAGUUUAAACUCUCUUGACCUUCACGCCAAUCAACUCAGUUAUUUUGCCUUAAACAUAACAGGAACAAAUUUGUUCCUGCUAAACUUGAAUAAUAACAAUCUAAAGUCAGUAAAAAAAAUGAUAAAUUAUUAUAAAUCGCCAAACAAUCCAUAUAAUGAUUAUGAUAAUCCACAUAAUAAUCCAUAUAAUGAUUAUGAUAAUCCACAUAAUGAUCCAUAUAAUGAUCCAUAUAAUAAUUAUAAUGAUAGACAUGAUAGAUAUCGUAUAAGAGCAAGAGAAAAUUAUUGGGAGAAUUUAAGAUAUCAGUACGUACCAAGUACUACUACCGAGAAAUAUUACCACAAUAUAGAGCAUGGGCUAGGGCUAGCUAGCCUAGAAAAUUUGCGCUAUCUUUCCAUCUCCAGAAAUCAAAUUAACUUAAUCGAAUCGAACGCUUUUCAGGACACUAACAAAUUGAUGUACCUUAAUCUGUCCGGAAAUUAUAUACAAAAUCUAGAUCCGGACACGUUUGCAAAAUUGCAGUUCUUGAACACGUUAGAUUUAAGUGCCAACAAACUCACAAGUGUUCCGCAAAUCUCAGGUGAAACAAACAUCAGCAAUUUAUAUUUAAGCUGCAACAAAAUAGAGAGAAUUAUCUCAAAUACCUUUGUACAAACACCGAAUUUGACAAAGUUGUUGCUAGGAGGAAAUCAAAUUAGUGAAAUUGAUAGUAAAGCGUUCGCUUAUCUUUUUGUUCUGGAGAUGUUAGACCUUUCAAAUAAUAAAUUAAAUUUUUUGCCGGAAGGGUGGACUAAGAACUUAGCAUCUCUAAAACAAUUAGACUUGAGUGAUAAUGAGAUUACUUCGCUGGAAUUUUUGCCUCUAGACAGCGCAUUAUCGUUGGUGGAGAUAUAUCUGGUGAUGAAUCCACUGGAAUAUCUAAAUUCUACAUAUUUCGAGACCUUGCCGCGAAAUGUUAGUAUAAAAUUGGUGGAAAGGUCAAGUUUUGCAAAUUGGAACUUAUUCUGUACAUACGUAGAGAGCCAUAAAACAUUACUAAGAUAAAAUUUUAAUGCUAUACAUAUAUAAAAAUGUAUUUUAUAUUUAUUUUAUAUCUAUUUUUGAUGAUCAAAUAUCUGCGAUUGUUUAAGAUACGCUUUUCCGUAUAUUAUUAAAAUUUAAAUUUGCUGACAUUAAGUGGUCUGCAGUUCCAAAUAAUAUAUUAUAUUGUUAAUUGUCGUUGUUAGUUAUUAAUA